AUGGACCUCCUAUUAUUUAUCAAAGCUGCCAGCUUUCUCCUCCUGGUGAUAAUUGGGAUUCCAGGAAACAUCUUUAUUUUACUGCAAUUCACUUACAUCAGGAUGCUUGAGAAGAAACUCUUAUCCACCAACAUCAUAUUGAUGGCACUAGCUGUAGCAAAUUUACUUGUUAUUCUUUCUCGAAUCAUCCCACAGACCAUAAAUGCAUUUGGUGUAGAGGACUUACUAGAUGACUCAGAGUGCAAAUUGGUCAUUUUCUCUUAUAGAGUGAGUCGUGCAAUGUCUAUUUGUGUGACCAGCUUACUUAGCUGCUACCAAUGUAUCCUCAUAGCUCCAAGCACACAUUUUUGGAUUUAUUUAAAAAAAAUUGUAACACAAAAUAUGCUUUUUAUUAUAAUGAUCUUCUGGUUGGUUAACCUCUCCAUGUACCCUUAUAGCAUCUUAAAUGCCCGUGCCAGGAGAAACCUUACAUCCUCCCCAUAUACUUUACACUUGGUCUACUGUGAUGCUGAUUUUUUAACAUACAUAGCAUAUAUCGUCAAUGGAUCCUUUUAUGCUUUUAGGGAUUUUAUUUUUGUAGGGCUAAUGACGUUGGCAAGUAGUUACAUUGUGUAUAGGUUGUUUUCUCAUGAGAGAUCCAUGAAAGGCAUGAGGAGCUCAGACAAAUCCCAAAGAAGAACAGUUGAGCUAAAGGCAUCUAGAGCGGUCAUCUUGUUGGUUUCCCUGUAUGUUGUGUUAUUUGGAUUGGAUAAUUCCAUGUGGAUCUAUACACUGACUCUCUCUAAUGUUAGUCCAAACAUGAAUGAGAUACGGAUCUUCUUAGCAUCUUCAUAUUCAGCCUUUAGUCCUAUAGCUAUUAUAUUUACUAAUCCCAAACUUAACCAGUGCUUUGUAUAUUGUAGUAGAAACAGACCACUGACAACUGUGAUGUAUCAGCCUAAUUCAGAAAGCAACGGACAUGUUUAUUCUAUAAGCAAAUAG